AUGGCCCAGCUCCGCCUCACCGAUUUCUUCGGCCGCACCAAGGCGGCCACCGGAGCCCCGGUCAAACGCGGCGGCGGCCGCCGGCUCAAGGCCGCCCUUACCGGGCCCCCGGACACCAGCCCCUCGCCUCCGGCCACUGCUUGCCCCCCGACGCCACCCUCACCAGACCUGGCAGCAGAACCCCCUGCCAGCACCACCUGCCAUGGACAGGAUGGGGGGACACAGCCCAGCACAGCCCCCCCGGGGACAACCAGGCGCUUGGAGCGGGAGGACCUGGCCGGGCUGCGGUGCCGCCUGGAGAGGGUGAAAGCUCUGGCACAGCUGGCCCAGCUGCCACCCGUCCCCGCCGGGGCCACCACCGACCUGCGGAACCGUCUGGAGCAAGCGCGGCAGUUGGAGCUGCGGAUCCGGGAGAAGAAAGCGGGAAGCAGAGCCACACCGGGAGCACAGCCCUCUGGGGACACCGAGUCCACGGCUCCUGUGGCAGAGGCUGGUGAGAAGUCCCCUGCCUACCAGCGGUUCCACACCCUCGCCCAGGACCUGCCCCCGGGGCUCACGCUGCCCUACAAGUUCAAGGUGCUGGCGGAGAUGUUCCGCAGCGUGGACACCAUCGCCGGGAUGCUCUUCAACCGUGCCGAGACCAUCACCUUUGCCAAGGUCAAGCAGGGGGUGCAGGACAUGAUGCGCAAGCAGUUUGAGGAGCGGCACAUGGGGCAGAUCAAGGCGGUGUACCCCACCUCAUACAAGCUGCGCCAGGAGAAGAACAUCCCCACCUUUGGCAAUGGCAUGAAGAAGUCCGACUAUCAGCUCACGCUGGAGCCGGUGCUGGGGGAAGAGGAGAAGGUGGACGGCCGCCCGCACUUGUCGGCAUCGCGCUUGCUGGAGCGCAGGAAGGAGUUCCACCGCAACCUGGUGAACAUCGUCAAGCAGCACCACAAGGCAUUCCUGGCCGCUCUCAGGCCUCCCAUGGUGGUGCCAGAGGAGAAGCUGACCCGCUGGCAUCCCCGCUUCAACGUGGAUGAGGUGCCGGACAUCAGCCCGGCAGAGCUGCCGCAGCCACCCCAGGAGGACAGGCUGACCACGGCCCAGGAGGUGCUGAGCACGGCUCGGGGGAUGUUGACCCCCAAGAUGGAAAAAGCUCUUGCCAACCUGGCCUUAAGAACCGCUGAAGCCGGUGCGGGGGAACCGGUGGUUUCCAAAGCACCGUCCCCUGCCAGCACCUCCAGUGCUCUGAAAGGGGUGUCCCAGGCGCUGCUCGAGAGGAUCCGGGCCAAGGAGGCGCAGAAGCUGCAGGCGCUGAUGACGCGGGACCCGCGGCAGGAGGAGCGGCUCGCCAUGCUGGGGCGGCUGCCGGCCAUGGCCCGCAUCCUGCGCAACGUCUUCGUGGCCGAGAAGAAGCAGGCGCUAACCAUGGAGGUGGCUUGUGCCCGCAUGGCCGAGAGCUACAACACACAGAUGUCUCCUGGGGAGAUGGAGAAACACUUGCGCCUCUUCGCGGAGCUGCUGCCCGACUGGGUGGGGAUCCACGCCAUCAGAACAGACACCUACAUCAAACUGGACAAAGGGAAGGACCUCGGCCUCAUCACAGAGAGGCUCACCAAGGCAGCGAAGGAGGCAGAAGCCCUCUAAGAACCCCCAAGGGUCGAGGUUUCCCCCGUGCAAUCUCCUUUAAAUGUAGCAAAUCCUGACUGCCCUCCGGGAUCUGAUAUGGACUUAUGGGAGGCUCAUCCUCAGGGAUGUUUGAGAAAGUUAAAUUAAGGCAUUUUGCUCUAACUCACUCCUCUGCCAGGGUCCCUAACCCUCAAGCAUCCCUGCAUCUUGGGGUGACGAUGCAAGCGGUGAGGAGUUGAUAACCUCCUCUUGGCUUGCUGCGUCCUCCUGAAGGUUUGACACAGGAGGCUUCUUCCAUUAACUGGGUCCUGCUGGGGCGGAGGAAGGACCGGGCAGGGUAACAGGCAGGAAGGAGUGAGAGAAAAAGUCACAAACUAAUGGUUUUGGAGUUCUGGGCCUUGUUCUGUUUUUAAGAGAGAGGGGAAAAAGCAUCUCCAGCGCUCGCUGGAAACAACUACAGGACUUGUCAAAACAUAUUUGUAUUAAAUGUUUUAAAUAUA